AUGUCUAAAAAAUCUUACUACAUUAGCCCAGACAUAGACACCAAGCACCGCAAUCACAUUAUUCGCGCUAUUCGCAUCAUCGAGCGAAGUUCUUGCAUUGUUUUCAAAGAGGCCACCACCGAUCAGCAAUACUUUGUCAAUGUCACGGGAUUCCCGGGCGGUUGUUACCAUGGAGGCAUGGGCUUCCGUAAUCGGUCGCAACCGUUGAACCUGCAGACUUUUGCUCUGAAUAAUGGAUGCUACCGGCUGGGAACAAUUGUCCACGAGUUUCUUCACGCAUUGGGCUUCUAUCACCAGCACAGCACGUGGGAUCGGGAUGAGUACGUCGCUAUCGCCGAGGAGAACAUCACGGAGGGAAGGGAGAAUGCCUUCAGAAAGUUCAAUAACAAAACUGUGGAGAACUACGGCGAACCCUAUGACUACUCCAGUGUGAUGCACUACAAGGCAAAUGCAUUCUCGAAGAACGGAGAGAUGACCAUUGUGCCCUUGCAGGAAGGAGCCGAAAAACUAAUGGGUCAGCGAUUGCAACUCACCCAGUCUGAUAUUAACAAACUGAAUGUCAUGUACAAGUGCCCGAUUCAAGGGUAA